AGAGAACCCAUGCUAAUUCCAAUAAUGUUAAUUCUUAUUUAUCUCACUCUUAUCACUUAUUAACAAGAAAAGAUGUCUACAGUCGAAAUCGUCUCGAUCACCACUGCCUUAAUGGCAUCAGGCGGCAUCUCAACCUUGACAUUCUUCGAUGUCCCAGAACUUCAAUCUCAACCUGCUUCUCGCUCCUUACCCUCAAUUCGAUGGCUCUUCAGCCGUGGAUCACACGUCUUCCCAUCAGCCUCGUUGCUUUCAACCAUUGGCUUCAUAUACUCUGCAUCUUCCAACAAUUUCCCAAGUUCAGGACCACUAUACGCUUUCUCAACCAACAAUUCCAAAGCCAAUACAUUCUUAACUGCCGCAGCACUGGCACUUAGUAUCGCACCAUUCACUCAACUCAUGAUUCCUACAAACUUCGCGCUUAUUAAAGAGAAUAAUAAACUUGGUGGAGCUAGAAGUGAGAAAGCAGCCAGAGAGGGUGCAUCCACGGAUCGGAGUGCUUGGGAAUCUGUCAAAGGAACAGGUGAGGGUUUCGAGUUUACGGAUUUGAGUGGUCCUCAAGAACAAACUGAGAGGGGUUCCAUGGCAGAGGAAGAUGAGAAGGUUCGUGAGUUGCUGGAGAAAUUCCGAUGGUUAAAUCUUGUAAGGGCUGUUCUUAUUGGGGCUGGAGGAGUUGUUGGUCUGUAUGCUGCUAUCAACUAAUGCCUUAUGAACUUUGUUAAAUCG